AUGCGCACGGUGGGGGAAUCCAUGGAGUCCAAAGUACAAAAAGUUGCAGGACGUGAAGUCACAGCUGAUAACUCUAGUUCCCAUACAAGCCAUGCAAUAUUUGGCAACAAUGUGGAUAUUCUGGAAGAAAUCUUGAAGCAUCUGGAUGCCAAGUCAGUGGGCAUCGUCUCCUGUGUUAGGAAAGGGUUGGCCAGGGAGCGGCACUCCGGUGGCGGACGGGUGGUGCUCUGGUGGCCGAGAGGAGCUCUAGUGGCUAGGCGGCAGUUUCCGACGACGGUGAGGCUAAUGGGCACUGCAGGCGGUGGGUCUAGGUCGGGCAGCAGUGGGGGCUGCAGCGGCGGCAAGGCCGGGCCGGGUGGCGGGGGCCGCAGGGAGGCCGGCAAUGGCUGGGCUGGGCUAAGGAGUAGCGGUGGAGGAAGGUCAUGA